UCACUGGCACACACACUCCCAAUCAAAAUCCACCCGUCCUCCUCGCCUAUCUCCUCGUCAUGGCUGGACAACACCCAUACCACCUCAACGCCGGUAGCUCCAGCUCACAGCCACCCACGCCCAAUCCCUUCGAGCAGCAGCCGAUCCAACACCCAUACCACACCUACGCCGGCAGCUCCGAGCAGCAGCCUAUCCAGGGCCCAACCCAGCAGCAGCAGCCGAUCCGGGAUAGUAUGAGCAGCAGCCGCCGUCGACCCAGCAGCAGCAGCCGCCGAUCGCGAACCCAAAACCAGCAGCAGCACCAGGUCCCGGACCUGAACCAGCAGCAGCCCAACAAUAUGCUUACACCCGAGCAGACACAAUUCUUGCUGCAAAACGGGAUUAAUCCAGAGAACAUAGUGUUCUACUUCGCACAGGGGUUUGGCGCCGAAGAGAUAGCCGGCCUCUACAACCUGAACUUGCCAGAGCAACUCUGGACCAUCAACAACCAACCUCUCCCUCACGCAGACAAUGAACCACGGCCGAACAUCAACAACCAACAUCUCCCUCAUGCACAAAAUGAACCCCCUCAGGCAGACUAUCAACUAGAGCCGGCCCAGGACUUCAACAUGCAACCUCCCCCUCAGCACCAGCAAUACUCUGAACAGCAGGCGCCGCCCCAGAACUUCAACAACAUGGCACCGUCCCAAAACAACAACAUGCCGCCGCCCCAGAACUUCAACAACAAUCCAUAUUAUCAGCAGGGCUCCGGCAGUCACUCAAGUGCACGCUCGGCUACCGAGCGUAUGUUGGCAUUCGCAGAAAGGUGUAACAUUACUCCGGAAGAUACCCCCAAUGAAUGGCUCGCGCUAAAUCGGAUAGUGGCCAACCCUCAGAGGGUGCUUUUCUUUUUUUCGUCUAGUGACUACGGAAGAAAGCUUAUCAUCCAAAGGGAUGCGGAAGAGAUCGCGAACAACAUCAAUCACCCUCCCCGCUGGGAAUGGUGAUUAGAGGCGUGCAUGGUACCACAAGAUUAGGAACUGUGAGUGAUUUAGAAAACGGUGACCUUUCUCCUAGUGAUUGGUUGCAUGUGCUUCCGCUAUUGGAGACGCCCUUAUCAUUUGUGUUUCUAUGUAUCCAUGCAUUUGAUGUAAUAUUUGUUUGAAG